AAACAACAAAUACGUAAUUAAAAAAACAUAGAAACUAUGUCAUUUAUUAUUAUUAAUUAAUGUCACUAAUGUUAAAUUAUAAGUACACACAUAAUGUCGGAUGGUGCCGCAAAAGUUUCAAAUGUCGUUAAAUUAUUAAGUGCAUCUGCUGCUGGGAUAUGCGGUACAUUAGUAUGCUAUCCCCUCGAUGUACUUCGAUUAAACAUGCAAGUGUCAGGCGAGAUGGGAAAGAAACGCAAAUCAGUAACCACACUAGAAUUUGCUCGCGAAAUUGUUAAGCGUGAUGGCUUCUUAGGUUUAUACCAAGGUCUUUCUGCUAGUGUAGGGCGUCAGGGGCUAUACACAGGCACACGUUUAGGAUUAUAUCAAAUACUGACAGAUAAAUAUUCAGAAAAUAAUACAAUUGGAUAUCUAGAAAAAAUUUUAAUUGGGUGUGUUUCUGGGGCAAUUGGUGCUAUAGUGGGUCUUCCACCAGAUGUGAUAUUAACAAGAAUGGCGGUUGAUAAUCGAUUACCUGUAAAUGAACGCCGAAAUUACAAACAUGUGUUCGAUGGUUUUCGGAGAAUAUAUGUGGAUGAAGGCAUUUUAACUUUAUAUCGUGGUGCCGUACCAACAAUUUGCAGGGCGGUGGUUGUUAAUGUUUCACAAGUUGUAAGUUAUUUUGAAGCCAAACAUUUCCUUCUAAGAAACGGAAUUGUUAGUAGUGAUAACAGCAUUUGUCAACUAUCUGCGUCCUUAAUAUCUUCAGCAGUAGCAACAACAUGUACACUACCUGUAGAUAUCACAAAAACGCGCAUACAAAAUAUGGGAAAGGAAGAAGGUGGAGUGCAAUAUAAAAACAUGGUGGACGUUUGGUACAAGAUAAUAAGAUAUGAAGGGAUAUUUGCUUUAUGGAAGGGAUUUACACCUUUGUUUGUUCGGAACGCUCCUCAGUUUAUUGUUACUUUUAUAACAUAUGAAAAGUUUAUUCAUUUCUUUAGUAAAUUAGGUGGUUAAUUACA